ACCAGAUGCGAUAGGGAUAGAAUCCCUCUGUUUCUGCGUUCUUCAUUCGUGUUUUACGAGUUAAUGACCUACUGUGAUACAACUAGAAAUCAAAGAUGGGCUCCCUGACUACAGUAGGCUACCUGUGGGCACUCCUCUCUGUCAGCGCUACCCUACUGUGUUGCACGGGUUGCUAUCUGCCUUACUGGAUACAGGGACGCUUGCUAGGCAGAGUGGACGCGUACUUCAGCAGCUUCCGACGCUGUAACUACCCCAAAGUCAGCCCUCAGGGGAGUGUGGAGAUCAUCAUGCAGUGUGCCAGAUAUUCUAGAUGGAAGGAUAUACCGAGCGGGUGGUGGCAGGUCACCACGGUCCUAAUGGCUUUUGCCUGUGUCCUGAGUAUCCUUGUGGCAGUGGUGGCCACGAGUUCUUGUUUUCUCAAUUAUGUCAUCCACUCCAGUACAGCGAAGCUGGCGGGAACAUUACAGCUGAUCGCAGGGUUGCUUGCGUGCAGUGGUGCGGCAGUCUACCCAUUUGGACUAGACAACAGAGAAGUACAGGACUGCUGUGGAGUCUCAGCGCAUGAGUACAAUUUAGGCAACUGCAAGAUAUCCUGGUCAGUCUACAUACUAACAACUGGAGUUACUUUGCUCUUGAUUUGCUUCUACCUCAGUCAUUUUGUGACUCGAGACUGUUGUCUUUCCUGACAUUCCCACAACAUAGAUCAUCCUUCCAAGAUGCUGAUGGAGACUUCUACUCAGUUGUAGAUCUAACACAAGGACAGUAAACCAUUUUGCUACCUGCAGUGGUUGCCACUUGUUGUUAAUCCAACACUGCAAUUGUCCGGGACUACUGUAGUUCUUAUUUUCCUCUGAUCUGGGCUAGCUUUCCAAGGUACUGGUGAAGACGUUACUCAGCUCCACAUAUGAUUAAUGUAGCUGAUAGCGGUUAGAGUGACGUUUCAUUGGCGCCCCAGAAACUUGGGACAUUUUCCAAUCAUCAUCCAAUUUAAAAAGGGAAUUUGUAAAAUGCCUAAACCUCUAUACUGAAAAAUCACAAGGUUUUGAACCUUUGAUCCCUUCAACUCUUUGCAGCCGUCGCGAAUGCUUUUGUUCACUUCCCCGUGGAUCGAGACCACUGCAUCUUCAGAUCUGCCCGUCAACCAUUUCUACUAAGGUAUUGGUUGAUAUAUCUCAGAUUCAGGUAUAAUUUGUGAAUUAGUCCAAUAUCCGAAAAAUCGCAUCUCCAUAUCCGUCCAACUGAUAUUAGCAGGUAUAAUCACUUCGCUGCUUUACUCAACUUUUCAAUGGGCUGACUGCUCUAUCUUCUUACAAUAUUUCUAUCUUGGUCAGCCAUGCAAGGUGGUCCUAAAAUGCUCACCACGUCCUCUCGGGAGAAAAGGGAUUAUACACUUCGCAUGAAGAAGAAGACUUUGAAGUGAAGAAAAAGCCAAGAAAUCGCAAGCCUGGCAAAGACAUAGUGCAUUUGAAAUAUAAGGACAAAUUUAUGAUCUCUAGUUAAUGUGUAUACUGUUGAUUUCUAUUUAGGUGAAAAAUAUACAAGAAUGAAUUUCUAAUUGA